AUUUGUUGUGAAGUGUCGUGUUUUUUGUUAAAAAGUUGAAUAUUGCAAAAAUAAAUGAUGUUUUCUGAUGACGAAAUAAAAGAAAUGCCGGGUGGUAGUUUCAUGAGGCCUGGCGAUGAAAUAAUAAGUAUACGCAAAGUGUGUUUAAGCGACAAAUAUGACAAAAACGAUUCAAGUUACAAUAAGGAGCCAUUAAUUUCAAAUUCAGGUGGUAAUGAACUAGAUGUCUCCCGAUCUCUCUUCCGCGAUGGAUUCUUUCCUGACACCCUCGAACAUACCCAAGCCCGCUUCGCCUGGACAGAAGAGGACGGCAAUAUCGCUUCGCUCGUGUCUGAACCCGGCUUCGGUACUGGACAAACCUUUGGGAAAGACUUGGAUGCAGCUCUUAGCAAUGAGCAAGAAGCAGAUACUUCGAGCUCGGUGUUCAACGGACGCAGUUACAUUCCGAAGACCAGCGACUCCCAUCUGGUUUCCUCCACUUCCGCAGCGGUAUCAAACGAGCGCCGCGGCACCCAAGGCGCUUGCAAGGUGGACAAAACGGAUCCACGUUCUCGGUUCCACUACGUCAAGUAUGUGAAGAGACACGGACGGACUGUCAAACUGUGGGAAUGCGGCAUUUGCAGCAGAGAGUUCCAGCAUCAAUACACGCUCAUGCGCCACCUGCCCACACACACAGACGAGAGGAACUUCCACUGCGAUACUUGCGGCAAGAGCUUUCGGCAGCUCUCCACCUUGAGCCAGCACCGCGCCAUACAUUCUGCUGAGCGUCCUUAUGGCUGUGAGGUGUGUAACAAAACGUUCAACCGCGUGUCUACCCUGAUCUCCCACCGCAAGACGCACUCGGACGUCAAACCCUACAAGUGUCACCUCUGCCCUAAAGGAUUCCAUCAGAAAGGAAACUUGCGUAACCAUUUAUUUACUCAUACCAACGAGCGGCCCUACCGUUGCAACAUCUGUUUCAAGGGAUUCAAUCAGCAGUCUAACCUCGUGUGCCAUAAAAACAAGGCUCAUUCUGAGGAUGCUAACGGAGCCAUUCUGCGCAGCCGAGUCAGCACACCUCGUGCCGCCAGCUCUGUCUCUGAGACGCAGCCGGAUUCCACCAGGACAUCAGUGGACCAAUGCGAAGUAUCUUCCUCCGUCGGACCCUACAUGGGCACUUCCAUGGGCACCUCCAUAGAAGUCCUGUCCUCCUCCUCUUGGACCCCAAAAUCUUCACCCUCUCUAGACUCCAGCGAUUGGAGCAACGACCUGCCCUGGAACACCAUGUGCACUGGGGUCAUCGUGGACCCUAUAAAGACGUACCACAUGGGGGUUGCUCUGGCUACCAGGCAGACGCCAUUUGCUUUGUUGAAGCCGGAUAACAGUACGCCUGUUCUUGUGAAAGUUAUUGAUACUAAGAUUCCUGGAGGAAAGCAGAUGUUAGUUCCUGCCACAGCAGAUGACUUGAGAAUUGGAGGAAAGAUAGUGGUGAAUAAUUCUGAAAAUGCGCGAUCUCAGGAGCAGGGGUCCUCCGAUAUGAAGAGUGCAGUUCAAAUCCGAGUACCAGUAGUCGCCACCGUAGUCCCACAGAUCAAAGCCGGGGGCCAACUACAUUUAGCUGUUCAGAACCACACCAUGCCUACCACACUGCGCUCUCCGCUGAUGUAGGAGAAGUACCCGACAAGUCGUGCCCCAUCAAGCAAGAGAUCCCAUCGUCACCCCCACGCCUGCUGCCACGCAUGGAGCGCAUGGGAGGCAUGGAGCCUCGCAUGGGAGCCAUGGAACCUCGCAUGGCAUGC